AUGGCGAGCCGGCCGCGAAUCACAAAGACUGAGGCAUUACGGCGGGCGAGGAGUGCCGCUUUGCUGAAGGAACUUGAACGGAAGCAGGAAGCGAGAAGACAGCCAGAAUCUAUCAUAGAACCUGGCAGAAGACGCAGAUAUACCCCGGCUGAACCAAAGAAGGUUGAGUUUACCAAACCAGCCAUGACGAAGGCGAUGAUAGCACGGGUAAAACAGGCGGAGAAGUUCAAACAGGAGUAUGAGCGUAAGCGUGAAGAAGCAAUACCGAUACGAAGGGUACCAAAAAGGACACCCGCGCCAAUUGGUGGUGAUCCUAGGUUUGGUAGAGAGAGGAUAGCACCUGCAAGACGGGCUCCGACGCCGUCUCCGCCGGUGUCGCCUGUCAGGCCGGUGAGGAGGCCGCUGGAGAGGAGAGUCGCGCCGGAGAGACGGGCACCGGAACCAAUUCCGGAAAGAACCAGAGAACUGGCAAUGUCCAUGAAUGCUCAAGUGAUCCAAGCCGAACCGGUUGGCGAGGGUCCGAUCGACAGUGUUGUGAUACCGCCGAGGUCGCUGAACGAGAAACGCACCACUAUCGUCAGCAUCCCGCAACCACCUCCGACUGGUGUUGAGGCACCGAUAUCCGAAGUGGCAAACCGCUCAAUUAGAGCGAUUAGCGAAAGCCUUGACGAGCAAGAUGCAGCAGAAGUGGCUACGGUCCAUGGCAAGUUGGAAGACUUGCAACAAGCGAGACGGGACUUUGUAAUGGCAGUGGCACAUGUUGGUGGUAACGCUGUGCAACUUGAGGAGGAGAAACCUAAAUACAUAUACAGAGUCCCCGACAUUGAAAGCGAAAUGUUCCGCAUCGAGUACGGUCGAGAACACCCAAGUGUCGUGGCGGCUCGCGAGUUCGCCCAAAGAAGCAUGGCCGGCAUCAGGGCGCGCGAGGCAGCUCGUAGGGCUGAACAAGAGUUCGAGAGACUAGCUAGGAAGCCGAUACCGGAAGAUCUGCCCUUUGAGGUGCCGUUCGAAGAGGAGUUCUUACGUGAAGGCGACAUAUCAUGGGAGGAGGAAGCGGACAUACCAGUUGUCUCCAGGAUAAAACCUACCAUGCGUGACAUACCGAGGCGCGAAGUGCCUUUCAGAUAUCCCACAUUUGACCCGGAGGAGCUCGAAAGGUUCUUCGAUAUAGAACGAUAUCCACCGAGUCCUCCACGCGGACCGCCACCCGGUCGCGAGCAUCUCCCGCCAGAUCUCUGGGAGCUGGAAGAUCCUUGGGCCACGUGCGGAGUCUGCCCGCAAGAGGACAUAUCUGAUCUCAUCCGUUUCGAAAGUCCUGAUCUCAUCCGUUUCGAAAGCCCUGAUCUUAUCCGUUUUGAAAGUCCUUAAUCCUUCGGCCCGUAUCUUCGUCUGUAAAUUGAAUUGUGGACAUAUUUCUUUUUCUAAGAUUAUAAGAUUAUACGAAAGAAGAGAAUGCUGCGGUCAAACAAAUUAGAAGAGAUCUUUUAUUGCGGAUAUAUCAUAUUCUAUUGGAACAAUUUUUGUACAGAAACGCAAAAGAGAAAAGAUCUAAUAA